UCAAAUAAUUUUGAGAACCACUGUUCAUGUACUACUCUGUGAAUUUGGAUGAUAAUCUAACUGCAAAUGUGUUCUGCCCUUUCCAGUCAUGUAUGUGAGGGCUGUGUGGAAGGAGGGUGACAGAGAGGAGGAAGGCGUGGUCCCACAGAACUGGGUUGAUGGGAAGGGGAAAAAAUUGUUCGGUGGCCUUCCAGUUAUAGUGUGACUAAAACCGAGAAGGCUAUAAGGGAUCGGGUGGAGCCAGAGGAGGACUGGCUCGUCUUCCCCUUAAUGAAGAUAAAGAUGACAUCCGCAAAGCGCAGAGAAUGUGCCAUCUACAACCUGACAAGCCUAGCUGAGGAUGAAGAGGAAGACGACGAGAGAAUGGCUAAAAAGAGGCCACGGAAGAAGAAACACAUUCCAGACUUUCUUGAAAAUGAUACUUCUGAAUCCGAUGAGGAAAGCAACAGAGGUGUAACCCUGUCAAGCUUUCCGGAGCCUCCAGCCAAGGUUUCUCCCCUUCGUGAUUCAGGCAUUACUGAACAUCCAGAAAGGGGUGUUUCCAGGUCCAGGUCUCGCUCCACCAGACGCCUGUCCAGGUCUCCCAACCCCACUCCCUCCAGCUCGGCCACGUCUCACUCUGCCAGACGCCCGUCCAGCACUCCCUCGACCAGACGCCCGUUCAAGUCACCCAACCCCACUCCCUCCAGCAGCUCGACGCCCGUCCACGUCUCCCUCCCCCAGACGCCCGUCCAGGUCUCCCUCCCCCGGACGCCGGUCUAG